AGGCAGUCAGGUUGCCAUGAGGGAGGCCGUGUCGGACAGUGUCGCUGUCGAGCUCGCUGGCUCCCCACCACCCAGCACCCAGUCUCAACUUUUUCAGUGGGUGACGGCCAGAAAAGUGGAGGUGGCCCGAAAUCGGUCGCGUCAGUCGCGUCAUCCACCCUCUCGCCCUUGUUUGGUUUUCCUCCACCUCGACCCAGCCACCACACCCCCACUCUUGCCCUCUCACUCAACCACCUCGGAGCAUGUAGUGGCAAAUGUCCUUUGCCUCGUUCCCCCUCGACACGCUCCCCCUCAAGCCAGCGCAAGCAGCAGCAGUAAAGCGAGCGGGCUUCUCCACCGCCGCCGACGUCCUCCUCCUCCCGCACUCGGAUGUCUCGCGCAAGCUCCGCGCCGGCGGGAUAGGCAUAGCAGCGAGCAGCAAGCUUGCACAAGAGCUGAUCCGCGACGUCGCGACGGCGCUCAUGCCGGCGUCGCACCGGCUCACCGAGCUCCUCGGCGACGAGCUCGAGGAAGGCGACCCGUGGAUCCGCACAGGCGAUCCCGACCUAGAUGAGGCGCUCGGCGGCGGGAUACAUACCGGCGUGCUGACGGAGCUCACGGGCGAGAGCGCGGCGGGCAAGUCGCACCUCACGUCCACUUUCGCGCUCGCGGCCGGCGUGCCAGGGCUGAGCGCGAGCCCAGGCGGCGCGAUCGUCCUUACCUCCGAGCGCGUGCUAUCCACCGACCGGCUCGUCGAGCUCGCCCCUGCGCUCCUGGCCCGCGCGGGCGCCGACACGCCGAUCUCCGAGCUCCUCGACAACAUCCACACCAGCCGCAUCGGGGACAUUGACUCGCUCGAGCACACGCUCCAGUUCAUCAUCCCGCACAUGCUUGAGAGCCGGCGGCUGGGGAAGCAUUCGCCACUCAGGGGCGAGCUUGCGACGGAGGAGGACUUGGAAGAGCGACGCGCGCCGGGGCACAAGCCAAUACGCGUCCUCGUCAUCGACAGCAUCACGGCGCUACUCCGCGGCGAGACGGCCACGUCAAGCAUGGGGUUAGUGCAACGCUCACGGCAUCUGUGUACCGUUGCAGACCGGCUUAAGGCCCUGGCGGUGGAGUACGACCUCGCGAUCGUCGUGGUCAACCAGGUGUCCGAUGUCUUCUUCGCCGACCGGAACCUGCCGCCGCCGUCGUCACACUCGUCGUCGCAGACCUCAGCACUAGACGAGGGCCACGCGCAGCCCCUCCCUCCCAUGUUGUAUGGCACGCAGGCUCGCCUGUUUUCGGGCCAGAGCCCGGGUGUCGCAAAGGAGGCGAGCCUCGGCAUCGUGUGGGCCAACGCAGUCAACGUGCGUAUCAUGCUCGCGCGGACUGGCCGCCGGCGCAAGCUCGCCGAGGACGACAUACUGCACGGCAAGAAGCGCAAGACGGACGCUGGGGCGGCGACUGUGCCCCUUGGGCUCGAGUUUGAUGACAAGCCGGCCCUCGUCCGCCGCCUGCACGUCGUCUUCUCACCGUUCUCCGGCCCGGGCAUGCUUGACUACGUGAUCAUGCCGUCUGGGAUUCACUCUUUACCCGGGACGUUCAAGCCGGUCACUCUUGGACCAGCGCUGCGCCGGCGAGACAUGCGGCUGCUCGCCAAGUUUGGAGAGCAGGAGCCAGAGGAAGCCGAGCCAGUCGCGCCUGCGCAGACCCAGCAGGCUGUUGAGGAAGUGUACGAUGACUUUGGCGACCUGCCCGCCGAGUUCUGGGAGGGUGGCGACAUCCCCAGCGACGACCCAGUCGCGGUCGGUGUCGUUGAUUAGUAGGAGGGAGCCUGUCCAUUGUUGUAUUAGUGUCCACUGCAUGAAUGGCAUCAGCAUGCG